GUGUGUGUGUGUGUGUUGACUUUCUUCUGGGUGUUGGUUUGAGGAAGCUGUGGUCAGAUGCAAUUUGGUCGCUGGGUGUGGAAAUGCAGAGAGAGAGAGAGAGUCACAUUAAGACAGAGAUGAGAGAGAUAUUGGUGCCAAUUGGAUGAGCAGAAGGAUCCAGCGGCGCUCUGCAGGCUGAUUAAUGCCUGCCUGACCGGUACUUUGACAGAAGAUGAACAAACGUUCCGUCGCCAUUAGCGACCCGGCCGAUGCUCCGGUGAGACGAGAGCCGGCUCGCGUCCCAGCGCGCGGCCAGGGGGCCACAGAGCGGCCCUCCGCCGGCCCCGCCUCGAGCGCGGCGCCGUGCUCUCCACAGCGCCGGUGGUCGGGCGACUUCUGCAGGUGCGGCGCCUCGCCCAUCAUCGUUGUGAAGAGGGACAAGAAGGAGCCGCAGCCUCCUCGGCGCGGAGUGUCCCUCCUCCGACCCCGCGCCGCGUCCCAUCACGCGUCCAAGCGCUACUCCUGCCCCCCCGUCGGGGUCUUCGGCUCACCUUCCUCCUCCAACACUUCUUCGUGCGCCUCCCCCCCCCCCGUCCAGACUUCCGUCAUCACGGGCAGCGACCCUCUCGGCUGGAAGCUGCGUCCCAAGUCCGGCUGCGCGCCCCUCAGGGCUCGCACCAACAGGCUGUCCCUGCAGAUUCCCCUCCCAGUCGCCGUCCCUGCGGUGAGCUCCGGGCCGGGGGACGCUGCUUGCCCGGACCCCUGUGGUGAGAACAAACCCCCCCUCAGACCCAAACCACUCCGCCGGCGCCACUCCGACUCCUCGGCCUUCCUCAGGUCUCUUCCCGUGGUGACCCUCGAGGAGCUCCGGGACGUACGCCUCCGCCAGCUCGCCCUGCAGGACGAGCCUGACGACGUCUUCGGCACGGGGGCCAAAGAGGGGGCGGCGCCCACCGCUCGGGCACGCAGCAUCCCCCCGCCGGUGCCGGAGAAGACGUCCAUGGCGAGGCAGAUCGCACAGCUGAUGAGUUGUUCGCACCGACGCCGCGGGCCUCUCCUGGCUAAAGAGGAAGUCAUCUACAGCAGCGUCGUGAAGCCAAAAGUUCCAGGUUCACACCGGGCCGAGGACCACAGCGGCCUGAGCGCCAGAAUCACUGGCCUCCGCGUGGACGCCAUCGGCGACCGGGAGAGGUCAACGCCGCGCUUCCCCGGCUGAGGACGCCUCCUCCACCAGGAGCAGUCGGCGCGCUGCGCGUUCCUCGGAGACCACUGUUGUGAUGUGCAUUGCCCUUAAAUAUCUGCCGGGAAUCUUUGCCUGACGUCUCCUUUGUGAGUGUUGUCUCCUAAAGGUGAUGUUUGCUUCCCAUACAACUGCCCCCUCAAUUAAAUAUUUCCUCAAAGUAAAAAAUAAAUCACUUAUGUUAUGUUCCGGUAACGUGAGUUACGUGACGAUCAAUUUUAAACUGAUGGUCAAACCAAAUCCUUUUAAUCCAUUACCUGGGUCUCUGAUCGAGUAUGAAUGCUAUGUGGUGUUUUUUGUGAUGUCAUACAGAUGACUUGACCUAUUGACUUGACCUGAAAUGAUUGGGGCCAUGUGAGUGUAGGAAUGGGCUUUUCUUCUUUUGCUUGCUUUCAUCGGCCAUCCCCCGCGGUCCGACGCCUCCGACAGUCGGCCUCCAGAUGAAUUCAUUUAGCCUUGCCCUGGUUCGGGCGGGGCAGACCUUUACCUACAAAUCCCUUCGGCCCGACGGACAGACACGCAUAGGUCCAACCUGCCCGAGGCUGCAAUGUGACUGGCACGGUGCUCAGAGUCGUUGCUGCUUAUCUGCACAGAGAAACGGGCUCACGACUGGUUUACACAGACCUGUGGAAUCACAAAAGGAACAGCUGCUUGCAGGCAAACUGCUGGGACUGCAGCAACAACAACAACAACAAAAUAACACAAUGUGUUUUCACUGUGAAAAUACUAGUCAAAAACCUUAAACAAUAACAGCCUUACAGAGGGGCAUGUAAGGCAAAUGGGGUGCUUUUACAGCAACACCGGGGGCGCAUUUGCAAUUAAAACCAUUGAAAGGCUCCCAAAGACAACGUGAAAGGAGAAACCACGGGCCUGAUUCCAGGAAGUAGCAGCCCAACGACAACACUUGCUUCGCCCCCCCCUCCCUCGUUUCCUCUUCCCAGAGCACGCAUUCGCCCUACCAACACCUUGCAUGUACCAAUACGUUCAAACAGAACUCAACGAUGCAAAUAACUAUCCCGACGACGCCGUUGUUGCAAAGGCACCCGCUCAAGCAAUAGAAAUGUUCCCAAUCCUGUAUAAUGUACCUUAUAAAGAGUAUUUGACUUUG